AUGGAGAAAAGAGAAGUUUUAACAAAUUAUGAUUCCGAUUUAUUUUUUGCUAAUUAAGUAAUAUAAAAUGCAUGCGCAACCUAAGCUUUGCUUGCAGUUUUACUUAAUAGACAAGAUGUAAUUGAAAUUGGUGAAGAAUUAAAUAAUUUUAAAUAAUUUACUUAAAGCUUAGAUCCUUAAAUGAAAGGAUUAGCUAUUUCUAAUUAAUAAACAUUACAAAGAGUGCAUAAUUCUUUUUCUAGGCCAGAGCCUUUUGUAUUUACAGAAUAGAAAAAAAGAAUUGCAACUGAAAAAGAUGAUGUUUUUCAUUUCAUUGCUUUCGUUCCUUUUAAAAAUAAAGUCUAUGAAAUUGAUGGAUGUUAAUAAGGACCUAUUUUAGUAGGAUCUUUUGAAAAUGAAGACGAAUGGAUUAAUAUUGCAAGAAAUGAAAUAAAUUAAAGAAUUUAAAAAUAUAGUUAAGAUGAAGUUAGAUUUAAUCUUUUAGCAAUUACAAAAGAUAAAAAAUAUAUGAGUGAAUAAUUAAUAAAUGAAUAUGAAAGAUAAAAAAGUUAUUUAUAUAAUUACUUGAAGAGUAAUUAAUAUUAAUUAAAUGAAAUGUAAGAAGCAGAUUAUUAAAAUUUAAAAUUAAAAAUGAUGGAAGAUGAAGGAUAAUAAAAUAUUUGUUUAAGUUUAGAUCUUAAUAUAGCUUUAAGAAGAAAUAUAAAAAAAUAAAAAUUAUUAAAUUGA